AUGUACGCGAAGAUUGAGAGCAAACGACUACGAUACUUACGAUAUAAUCAACAAAAGCUGCGUGCGGAAGAGUACAUUCAUUUGCGAGACGCUAUCAACAACAACGCCGACGUCGCCGAAAUUGGUAACCAUGUCAUUUUACCAUCAUCGUACGUAGGCAGUCCACGUCAUAUGCAAGAAUAUAUACAGGAUGCUCUGACUUUCGUGCGCGAAUAUGGACGACCAUGUUUAUUUAUCACGUUCACAUGUAAUCCAAAAUGGCCAGAGAUUUCAUCUUUGCUACUGCCUGGCCAAAAUGCAAUACAUCGCCAUGACAUUACAGCACGUGUGUUCAGACAAAAGUUGAAGUCUUUAAUAAGUUUCAUUACUAAAUCACAUGUAUUUGGUCCCACACGUUGCUGGAUGUAUUCGGUUGAGUGGCAAAAGCGAGGAUUACCUCAUGCACACAUUUUGGUUUGGUUCAUCGACAAAAUCCGUCCUGAAGAAAUCGAUAGUAUCAUUUCUGCGGAAAUUCCAGAUCCAUCCACUGACCAACUGCUGUUUGAUAUUGUUACAACAAACAUGAUUCAUGGUCCAUGUGGUACUCUUAAUAGUUCAUCGCCUUGCAUGGCUGAUGGAAAAUGUACUAAAAAUUUCCCUAAAGAUUUUACCAAUGAUACGGUCACAAAUGUCGACGGAUACCCAAUAUAUCGUCGAAGAAAUCCUGAAAAUGGCGGACAAUCAUUUAUUAAAAAUAUCAUCAACACAGACAUUGAUAUUGACAAUCGUUGGGUGGUGCCAUAUUCGCCUCUGCUGAGCAAGACAUAUAAUGCUCAUAUUAAUGUUGAGUUCUGCAGUUCUGUGAAGAGCAUCAAAUACAUUUGCAAGUAUGUCCAUAAAGGCAGUGAUAUGGCUGUGUUUAGAGUGGAAAAUACUAAUGUGAAUGCUCCUCCAGUGAAUAAAAACGAUGAAAUAACGCUCUACCAAAUUGGUCGGUACAUCAGCUCCAAUGAAGCUGCUUGGCGUAUCUUUGGUUUUCCAAUUCAUGAACGGGAUCCAGCAGUUGUUCAGUUAGCCAUCCAUCUUGAAAACGGUCAGCGUGUAUUUUUCACGAACGAGACAGCGAUUGAUCGUGCAAUAAAUCCACCUAAAACUACACUCACUGCAUUUUUUGAAUUGUGUAAUCGUGCGGAUGAUUUUGGUGCCUUUGCACGAACAUUACUCUAUUUAAAAGAUUGA